GUGCUAAUUUCUAUUCGCUGCCUGUAAAAUAUAGGAGCGGCAUACUCCUACCGAGAAAGCCAUAGAGAGAGAGGGAGAGAGAGGGAGAGAGAGGGAGCACAAAAGGCAUCGAAGACGGCCUAGUUUGUUCUCAAGGUUGUGUUGUGGGUGCUGCCCGGCUAGUCGCUGACGUCCUUCAUCCUCCCUGCUUACAAAACGUUCCGCAGCAGUAGCGUAGAAUCAUUCGACAUUGCUGCUUGCUGUCGCCGGCACGAGUGUAUUGCACACCGGGUGCGCGUGGGAGGGAAAACACUGGCCUAGGACGUGAGAGAGGCCUCGAGACAGAGCAAUGGCGUCGCUGUUCCGCAUUGCUCCACCCAUGGAUGACUCGGCGCGCACAAGAUGCGACGCGAUGAUGAAGGACGUGGAGAGCGCCUGCGGCGAGAUGCUCCUCUCGCCGGACUGGACGCUCAACAUGCAGAUCGUCGACGACCUUAAUCGCGAGCAGGACCCCGUCGUGCUGACCGAAGUGAUUCGAAUCCUGCGCAAGAAGCUAGGGUCAAGCAACACAACGGUCUUGUCCGUGGCGCUGACGCUUGCCGAGACGCUCGUGAAGAACUGCCACGACCCUGUGCACAGAGAGAUCGCGUCGGAGAGGUUCAUGGCCGCUGUGGCCAAAAUUGCUAGGACCUAUUCCUUCAAGCCGAACCGGCAGAGCUUGGCGAUCGCCGACCAAUCCCUGGACAUCAUCCAGGCCUGGGGAGAAGCGUUUCUUCCCCGACGGCGGGAGUUCCCUCUUUUCGUCGAAACCUACCACGAGCUCAGAGCGGAGGGGCUGCCUUUCUCCGCCCAGUACCAGUCUGACCGACCUCCGGUGCUAGACCCUGGCGCGGGCAGCCUGCUCGAUAGGCCGGACGGGCAAGCGGGGGCGACGGCGGCGGCGGGGGCAACGGCUUCAGGCGUGGUGGUUGCGACAGCGGUGCCGCAGAGCGGGGAGAGGGCGGCGGCGGCGGCGGCAGGGGGAGCAGGAGCGGGGGCGGGGUCAUCUUCGCCUCCGAAUGAUCUCCGGGAGCUGUCGGUUUCCGACCGGGAGAUCGUGGCGACCGGAGCGUCGUGUUCGGAGAUGCUGGAGCAGGUGCUGCAAGCGGCGGAGUCGCGCGCCGAGGUGCGGGACUCGGACAUCACGGCGGAGGUGGUUGAGCAGCUCAAGCAGACGGGGCCCAAGAUUUCCGGCAUCAUAGAGGCCAACGGAGAGGGCGAUGCUGCGAUGCUCGAGGCCCUCUUCAAGGUGAACGACGCCGUGGAUAGCACGCUGCGCCUCUAUCAGGAUGUCGUCGAUGGCGUUAAGUCGGUCCCGCUCUUGCCGCCCUCCAGCUACUCCUCCAACAUCGGCGCGAUCUCCGGAAGGAUGGAAGGCCUCUCGAUUGGGCAGGUUGCGGGGGCAAGAGCCGCGGCCUCGAAGUUGAAGAAGACGGCGGCGGUGCCAACCCUGUCGCCCCCCCCCUCCGACCGAAAGCGGGGGGGAGGGGACACCACGGGGUCCCCCGGCAAGACGGCGCCCGCCGCCGCCGCCGGCGGCGGUGGGGACACGGUUGACCUCUUGAGCGGGUUCGAGCUAGACGGGGCCAGCAACAGCAACGUCAACAAGACCGCGGCUGCUGCGGCAGCAGCGGCCGUGGCGGCUCCGGCGGCUGCGGAUAUUUUCGCCGGCUUCGGGGCUCCUCCUCCGGCUGCCACCGCCGGCGGUGCAACCGGCGGGGAUUGGGUCGUGGUCGGAGGAGGUGGGGAUGUUCAAGCGCAGGGAUACCCUGGUGCUGCUGCCGGAGUAGCCGGGGGGGGGGCAGCGAAUGACGGGCAGGUGGCGUUGAAUAGCAACCCGGUGAUACCACCCGGCGGUGCCGCUACCAUCCCUCCCACGGCCGCCCCCACCACCCCUGCGGUCCCCCCCUCGGCUGCCGACAAAGCCCAAAGCCUGAUGGCCAACCUCGGGGCACUGUACGCAGUGGGAGCGCCACCAACGACAACAACGAACAGCAUUGGUGGCAUGUCGGCAGCCGGGCCUAUGGCAGCAUGCAGCAUGUCGGCAGCCGGGCCUAUGGCAGCGGGCAAUAGCGGUGGUAUUCAAGGCCUUGAUGGGGUUGGCGUUCCUGCCACGGGGGGGGCGUGGGUCGUGGGGGGGGGCAGCAACCCGGCGGAAGGGGGGGCCGUGGCGGCGUUUGGUGGUGGGCAGGGGGCGGCAGGGCCGCCGGGGGGAUGGGCAGGCGUUGCUGGAGAGAACAGCAGCGGCAGCGGGAUGCAGGCGCAGGUGGAAAGCGCAGCUACGUAACCCGUUUUCCACUGCUGUGGGUCAACCAACCCAUCAUGAGGUCAUCUCUGGAUCUUUUUUUGUUUCUGGUGCUUUGCGGGAUGGUCAAUUUUUGUUGCUGUUAGAAGAAAACGACAGCUAGGGCCUGUGUUUUUGGAGGGCCCCACGUCUGUCUUAUCAACUACGAAAUACUUGCCUUGGGUCCGGUUGGGAUCUGGUGUUACCACCACGAACACGAUGGCGUUUGGUAUGGCGCUACAGCAGUGGUCAUCCCGAUACAGUGCCGAUACUCAGCACGGAUAGUAGAAGGUACUGAGUGGACACCGGAAUAUCUUGUUUACAUGUGCCAACAACUACUACUACUACAACCACGUGUCACCCCGUUUUAACCGGCAUGGUACCAGGUACCCUGCAUUGUUCAGAGUAUGAGAGACAAGUUGAAUAUUCCGUCUGUGCCACGCCGAUUCCACCGGCAGUACCGGGUACCCGGCAUUUUUUAUCCAGCACUACUUUGUCGGUACCACUGCUGUAUUUGUGGACAACCCCAGCAUCAAGUCAACUCCCUUGCCUCUCUUGAUGUUGUCUACGUUUCACGCACACCAGGUGACAUCAUCCCCUCUGGACGCCUUGGAUCCGUUCUCGGCCCAGCAGCAGCUUCCGUACCAGCAGCAGCAGCAGCAGCAGCCCCCGCAACAACAAUUUCAACCGCAAAUGCAGACGCUUUACCAGGGGCAGCAGCAGCAGCAGCAACCGUGCACUGGGCCGACGACGCAGCAGGAGCAGCCGCCACCGCCACCGCAAGUACAGGGGCAGGAUCAACAGCAGCAUGUAUACGCAUUCCAGCAACAGCAGCAGCCUCAAUAUGCGGAGCAACAACAGCAACAACCGCUGCAACAGCAACAGCAGCAGCCUCAAGCGCAGCAGCCGUUCCCAUAGCGGACUCCCGGUCGGUGUUUAUCUGGUGCUGUGCCUGUUUGACUUCGUCAGACGGCGUCGACUGAUUGGCCCGACAGGAUUGUAAAUUGUUCAGCUCCAUGGGCUUGGUGCGAUGGAUCCCACGCCCUCCUUCUGUCGGUCUGUUACAAGUGUCAUUCGAUAUCCGUCGUCGUGCCCCCUGAUCGAAUCUGUUGUGUACUGCUUGGUGCCAAGCCUUGCUUGUGUGAACAUACCGCGCCACCUCUUUUUGAGAGCUUGGGAAGUUGGUUGAAGCCGUAAAGGCUCGCAAACAAGAAACACGUCAGUGCUCGACCAUUAGAACAGGUGCGCAGUGAAGACCCGUAAUCUUUAGAACCUGGGAGUGGAUUGAUUUGAUGACCUACGGCACGAAAUGAGGGAUCAAAUGCACUCGAUUUCAAUACCAGGUACUCAGUUGAGAAUCUGAGCUUUGUUUGUUUCUCCAAAGAGGAAAUAUGAAGAACCGUGCCUCGGGCUAAGAAGUUUCAUCAUUUGGUGGCGCUACCUACAUGUUUUUUUUCCAUUUGGUGCGGCAGUGGUAGCAAGAGAAACAGGAGCCCCCUCCCCCCUGGUGAUUACCAUCGGGGAUGGGUUUUCGUCGCUUGG